GGACCAUAAAAAUUGACUGUACCAAGUUGUAGAACAGGGGUGAUUUUUCUCGAUUACACUAACCGCUUUCAGUAUUCUUUCGGAUAAGGAGACUGCCUUGCCUGAACAACCAUGCCUGGAGAUGUGAAAAAUGACAUGGAGAGGAUUGGCCUCUUCAGUGAGAUGACCUAUAUCAGCAUUGGAGAUAAAUAUGUCCCCCCUUGUUCAAAACCAUUUAAUGAAGCUGCUAGUAAGAACAGGCAGAUGAUUCCUGGAGGGUCCAAGUCCAUGGCUAAUAUAACAGGUGGCUACUUUGACGGCGAGUUCAAAAGAGUUUUUGAACGCGAAUCCUAUUCAGAUCCACUGAGAGAGAGGAGGAAAUACAAAAUAGAACAAGCCAAGAAAAAUCUCGGAAAGGCAUUCCUUCCUACUAGUGGCGAGAUAAAACCAUCUGGACAAGGCAGCUUUUAUGGUACUUUGGGUGGUCCAGUUCCUGCAUUGAGCCCUGUACAAAAACCCCGAAAAGCCUACACAGCACCAGGAAAAAACUUUUACACCAAUCCUUCAAAGCACGGGACUGGAUAUGGGUACCCUAAUGUAACCAUAGGCAAGGAAUACCCAUAUACCUCAGAUGAUUAUGACAGAUUGCGAGUUCUGAUGAAGAAGGAACACGACAGUCACAAACAAAAACUUAAAGGUGGUCCUUUAAGGCUAAAUCUUUAUCCGAAGGACUAUUUUGAUGAAAACCCCUACCACUCAGACAAACCCUUGCCGCCCCUGAAGGAUAAGACCAAGAAAAUAGGAUCCGUGAAGCCCUUCAUGCCAAGUUCACCAGGGAAACAACCAGGAGGAAUGAAAGCUGGAACAUUCAAUCAAUAUCCUUCUCAUUCCAAUGACCUUUACAAAGCAAAGUCAGCAAAAAGUAAGAUUAGUGCAAAAAGCGUAAAGCCAUUCAACCCGCCAACUGGACCGAAAUCCUAUCCUAUCCGAAGCAUAUUGGCAUCGAAUGUAGCAAAGUCAGUCACCCCAAUGAACUACAAAACCGUGAAAUUAACAACGUAUUAAAUCCAAAGUGAAUGAAAACUGCAUACUGGCAAAGAGAACCACUGCUUACGUCUCUAAAUAAAUUCUGUUAGUAGUGUGGUGUUCCCUAAACAUGUUUAUGUAUAAAUACAUGGCUAUAAUUUUUUUUAACCUGUUUUUUAUGAUGGCCUCUUAUGCAUAAGAUGUAUUUAUCAAAUCAUAUUCAACUGUGAAAAAAUGGUCUUAUUAUUUGUGGAUAUCUAUAAUAACACACUGAUUGUACACACAAUAAAUUUGUAAAUUUUUAGCUAUGCUCUUCC